AGGCUUGGGGGAAAUUUCAUUGAGGUGGUUUAAAGUCAUUUUGUGAUCUAUAAAAACAUGAUGUCCUGAAUAUGAAUUGUUACAUCAUUUCUAAACCAUACACGCCGCAUUAAUUUCUGCCAUCGGUUCCGCCCAUUAUAAUAGUGUCAUCAAUGGGCGCGCGCUGCCCGGUGUGUGUAGACGGUUGCACGUGAAUCACCGUGAUGGCCAGCAGCUCUGAUGUGGUGAAGAAAGUCAUGCGGUGCAAACUUCAGCUCACAGACACAGCAGAGUCUGCUACGGUUCUAAAAACUUUGCAGAAACUCAAGGAUCUGAAUAUCACAUUAGACAUUCUUGCCGAAACUGGAAUUGGCAAAACGGUUAACUCAUUGCGCAGACAUGAACAAGCUGGAGAAUUGGCCAAGUCGCUAGUUAAGGGUUGGAAAAGAUUGGUCCCUAAAGAAUCCACAAGCAGCCACACAGAAGAUGGAGAUGCAUCAGAGAGUUUGUCUGUAAAAUACAAACUGGAUGACCAAAACUGUCCAAAUAAUGAAAGUUUGACAAUAGAGGAAUUAAACAAUAAUUGCUUAACAUCUCACUACAAGAACUCUUCAGAUAAGGUCUUAUUUAAAACAGGGAAUGUGAAAGAUAAUACGGAGAAAGAAUGUGAAGAACAGAUAAGACACGAGGACCAGAAUGAAAAUCAAGAAAAAAAACAGAGUAUCUCUCAGAAUGACGUCUUGCCGAAGGAAAUUGAAAUCCAAGAGGAUCAAAUGGAUAAUACAGUUGUUUCAAAGGGGAAGAAAAGUGACCAGAGUAACAGAAAAUCAGGAGACGGUGAUAUUCCUCAGAAAUCCAGGUCUGAUUCCAGAGAAAAAAUCAAAAGCAGCUCUGAUAGCGUAAGAUUUGGGUCAGAAAAAGAGUCAAAUAAGAAAUCAAAGGCAUCAAAAGAAUCGCCAAAGGAAGGCAGAGAGUCUUUUUCAUUUGAGUCCAGUGACAAGCUCUCAAAAACUUUAAAACUGGCCAAUGUGAAAGACGACAGACCUUCAGGAAUAUCAGAGAGCUCCGAAGCCCAGAACAGAAAAAGGAAAAAAACGGAUAAAGAGAAACACACCACUCUAAAACACAAACAAGAGUCUGAAAAUACAAAACACAAAAACAAAAAGGCUAAAAUGAAGCACAAAGAUAAGGGAAGUGACAGCCGCCCUGAGGAGCCCUCCAUGUCUUUUGAGUCGUGCUUGAACUAUGACGCGAAUGUUUUCAAGAGAAAAGAAAAAUCUGCAGUCAAGAAACCUCCCAAAAAGAUCAAGACUGCAGUAAAAGAGAAAGAAACUAAAGAUUCUGGCCUGAAACUUCUCAGGUCACCUGUGACGUCUAUAAAAGUUACCUCUCCAAAACAGUUUAAGGAGUCUCUGAUGGACCUGAUGAAUAUUCCUUUACCUGCUGUUCUGCCUGAAUGUGACCAGUCAUCCAGUGUUGAUUACUUUGAGAGGAAAGUUGAGAAGGAGUCUGAUUUCUAUGAAGUCUCUGAGGAGUCGGCAGGCUUCACUGGUCAGCGACUGAACAAGAAGAUGCAAGUGUACUCUGGUGCCAAGACUGUCUUCCUCCCGACCAUGAUGAGUUUGCACCAACAGUGUAUCCGCACACUCCAGAAUAAUAUUAACUUGCUCUAUGAAACUGGUGGAGUCCCGUUUGAAAUCCUUGAGCCGGUGUUGGAGAGGUGUACGCCAGAGCAGCUGCUACGCGUUGAAGAAUGCAACCCAAUCUACGUCGGAGUGACAGACCACUUAUGGGGGAAACAUUGUCAGAGGGACUUUAAAGACUCCAAACUUCAGGAGUAUGAAUCAUGGAAAGAGAUGUACGUCAGGCUGUCUGAGGAGAGGGAGAGGAAACUCCAAAGACUGACAAAAAGCAUUGUCUCUGCACAUUCUAGCAAACCUAAAGGUCGGCAGGUGAAGAUGGCAUUUAUUCAUACUGUUGCCAAGCCACCGAGAGAUGUGCGAAUUCAGCAGGAAAUUCAUGGAACUGCUGUUCAGCAGCCUCAUCAGCUCAGGUGCAGCGUUAAGGUUCAGGACAACAAGCCCAGGCCGAGUUGUAAUGAGCCCAGCAGGUCCAGCAGCACCAGUUCAGGGGCAAGCAAUACACAAGACCCUCGCAAAAAAACAAGAGUUGCUCCAAUGAUGGCAAAGUCCUUAAAGGCGUUUAAGAAACAGCUGGGACGCAGAUAAACUCUCUUAUAUGAUCUUGCUAUUUACAGUGUGUGGAUGUGGUGAAAGUGCACUCUAUCAUUCAUUAACUUUGAACAAUAGAAAGCCUGUGUUUCACCUUUGGAUUAUUCUGUGUUGUUUGUGUAAAUAUACGGGCAGUUGCUAUAUUUCUUUUCUCUAUAACUGUGAGUUAUCUUCACUAUUAAAUGGACAAUGAAAUGAGCAAA